AUGCAGACGAAUGUUAUUGGUAGAGCAGUUGAGUUCUAUUCUCCUAAGGAUAAGGUUAUUGCUGGUUUCCCCACACAGUUGGUUGAUUUUUUGAUUGAAGACUCAAAGGGAAAUCGAAUAAAAUGUACAUUAUGGGAUGAACAUGUACCUGCCAUUAUGCCAUUUUUCAAUAACCAUGUGGAUGGCCCUUUGAUCGUUUUGCUCCAACUUUGUCGUGCCAAGGUGGUUGACAGUGAGGUCAGGAUUUCAAGCUCAUACACUACUUCAAAAGUUUUAUUCAAUUUGGACUGCCAAGAGUUCGCAGAUUACAUAAAUAGUUUGAAGGCUAAUUGUAGCCCACUCAGAAGUAUUUCAGUAGUGUCUUAUGGUCACAGUGCUAAUAAUUCCCAAUCUCCUAUGGUUGUCAGCACAAUAAGAGAUUUGUAUGAAAGGGCUGAGGAAGGCUAUUAUUGUGUCAAGACUAAUUGGGUAGAAGGGAAUGUGAGAUACAAAGUAAUUGUUAGGGUUCUAGACAAAACAAGUGAUGCACCUUUUGCAUUGUGGGAUAAAGACUGUUUUGACCUUUUCGGCAUUACUGCCUAUGAUUUGAAAACCAAGUAUUCUAUGGCUAAGAUGCAAGUUCCAGCUGAGUUUGAACAGUUGAGGAACAAAUCUAUGGUGUUUAGAAUCAAUCUCAAGAAUGAACACAUUAGGAACCCAGCAAAGCCCAUAUCAGUGUUAAGUGUUAUUCAUAAUGAGGAAUUGGAAGCUCAGUACUGUCCAUCCAUGGUGGAUGAUCAUGAUGAAUUAUCUAGGAUAGUUGAGGAAGACGCAGAUGACCUAGAAUCUUAUGAAAGCGAAUCAGGUGAUGAGGCUAUAAGUCCUUCAGUGCAAGCUAACUUAAAGCUAAAAGGUGUGGACAAAGCUCAAGAUGAAGUUGACACAGGUGCUAUUAAGAGAUGCCUACUUGGACCAAUUCUCAUCAAGUCAGAAUUUGAAGAAGUCUAG